AUCACCAUUUAUUCUUUGUCUUCAAAUUCGUCUGUUGUCUCUCGUUGUUGUUACACUUCGAAAGUAGUUCAAUUUAAUCGAAAAAAAUAGAUAUUUUCCGCAAAUUGAUGGAGUAUAAACGUUUGUUUCUAUUCACACUUUUGUUGGCGAUAUGUUUUCUAAUUGGCGUGACAUGGGCUGACACGAACAAUGCCACCAACAAAGUUGAGCCCCAAAAACCCACUACAGCUACACCAUUACCGAAAGUAUUAAGUACCGGAAUUGCUCCUUCACCCAAUUCUACGACAGCUCCAAAAUGCGUUUGUGAUGGUGCACUCCUGCCGCGAUUAGGAGAAAAUGAACUGGAAAUCUGUCCCGAAUGCAAAUGUAAACAUGAAGCCCGCAAUACUACAUUGAUAAAAGUGGUGGUCAUCAUUGUUAUAUGGAUUAUUUCCAUUCUUGUGAUAUAUAUGCUGUUCCUGAUGUGUCUGGAUCCUUUGCUAAACAAACGUGUCAAGGCCAAUUAUCAGGAACACACAAAUGAAGAUGAUGAUACUACUUCUGCUUCUCCCCCUAUGUCUUCAUCAGCUAACCAAGAACUGAAUUCAAGAGCCAAUGUUCUAAAUCGGGUGGGCCAUCAACAGGAUAAAUGGAAGAGACAAGUACGAGAACAACGUCGCCACAUUUAUGAUAGACGCACUAUGCUCAAUUAAUCCAUAUUAGAAUACAUCUACCAAAUCUAAAGGUGGUGGCAGUACAGCAUACUAAAAUGAAUAACCAACCGUUCCAUCAUAAAUUAUGUGGAAUAUAAUUUUGGAUAAGCCAUUCUGUGGACCUUUGGCAAAACAACCUAUUUGUUUCUUUUGGCCAGCAAAUUAUGAAAAUCUUACGGUUGAAAGAAACAAAGUGGAAAUUAAAUAAUCUCAAAAUAAGUUAUUUUGUCAGGGGUCCACAGUUAUUUAAAAAAAUGUAGUUUAUGGUUUUCUUCUUUUGUUAAAUUUAUUAUUAUUUUUUUAAAUAAUUCAAAGUUUUGAGAGUUAAUAAUAUAUUUGGCCAAAGUAAGAUCUCGUACCGAAACAACAAGUAAGGAAAAAAAUCUGGCAAGACAAAUUAAAAUACAAAUAAAUUUCUCCAUUAGGUAUUAUAAAUAUAAAGGACUAGAUUGUAGUGAACCAUUGUAAUAAAGAAAUACGUAAAUCUAAUAAUCAAA